AGGGCGAGGAAGAAAACAAGAGAUCUUGUGUUGCUUCGUACAAAUUUCACGACCUGUCGAGAAACAGAGAGGAGCAGACUCUGUUUGGAGUUUGUUUCGCCAGAAAGUCAGUUGUUAACAAGACAAUUGAGAGUCGAAAAACAUGGGCGAUCAGCAGCUCGGUCUGGAGAAGAGUCCUCCUACUGAUCGCUCUCCUGAAGUAGCUCGUCAAGUGACUUCCCUUCCUGCAGUUUGGUCAGGAACAGAGCAAAGGGACUGCUUGUUUCACACACACUAUUAUGUCAAAGGAAAAUUCUCGCGGUUGUUAUGGACACCGGAAUCUAUACCACGUAAUCAUUGUCAAGGCGGUGAGAAAGCUGGGAUUGCGCACUAUGAAACACAAGAGUCCUUAUUCGCUGCGUUCACUCAAUGAGUAUGGCGACGUGAGAGUCACUAAACAGGUCGUCGUUGCGUUUGAAAUUGGGUCGUACAAGGAUUAGAUCCUUUGCGACGUUGCCCCAAUGUAGGUGGAACACCUUAUGCUAGCCGACCAUGGCAAUUUGACCGAUCCGUAACUCAUGAUGGUCGAAGAAAUAACUACAAGGUAAGACAUGAAGGGAAGCUAUUUUUGCUUAAACAUCUGUCGCCGUCUGAAGUUCGAGAUGAUCAGCAGCAUAUGGCGCUGAAUUGGGCAAAAGAGAUUGGUGAUUCAUGUAGCCCGAAGUCAGAGGAAGAGAGUAGAAGCAGUUUAGCUGCUCGACACUACAUGUUGACUUCUCUUGAAGGACGUCGAGUCAGGCAAUCCGUAACAGCUGGCCACCCCUGUUUGGCGGUAACGAAACAGAGUAGGAGAGAGGGAUAUCUCGGUGGGAGAGUCGAUGAAGAGUCAAACCCAGCUGGAGAUGCCGACAUGUUCCCUAAAGCCCUGGGAAGCUUUUCUGACAGUUGUAUUGAAUCAAAUUGUUCGAUUCACAUAAUCCCAAUCGAGCAGAAAUUGCCCUGAAAACGCUCCCUCAAGAACAAAAAUCGAGCGAGUUGGUGGAGCGAACCGGGAAGAAUCGACACCAACGACCACUUCAGAAUCAUCGCAAUCAGUCCCCAGAUGCUUUAACUUUGAUCGAUUUGAGACAAAGAGGCCUGAAUAAAAAACGCCUAUUUGCAUAUCUCGGGUCUAAACAUGAAGAACCACCACCAGAAAAUUGAUGAAUUGGUUGUGGAGUUUGAGGGCGAUUCGGAGCAAGCAGCCACUUCGAAGAGGUUGCUAGUGUCCCAAGGAAGGUGUCGGGAUCAAGAACUCGGCACGCCAACACCAGAAUCAACAACUACCAAUUGUCAAUUUGCCUCGCUGGAAUCUGGGUUCGUGUCGCCGGAAUCUGGAUUUUUCAAAUUUUCCGGCGUGGAAAAUUCGUGGGAUGUGAUUGGAAACGAAUCAGGAAAAUUCAAGGCAUGGGAAUGGCUUGAAUCGAUUCUUGGGACGAAUUCGAUCUCAAAGGUUUGAGAAGAAAUGCCCAACUUUGGAGCCCUCGCCAGGAAACACGAACUCGCUUUAAUCUGCAAUUUUUUUGCCGGAAUUUAGAAAUUUGCACGAGCCAAUUCUGGGUCCUAUUUAUUUCAAUUACUUCGUAGGAAAGGUCCCUUGGAGUCCUACGAAGAUGCUAGAAAUGAUUGGAGCUGAAAUUGAAUGAGUUAUUUUUCUGCCGAAAAAGAUAUUUGUGCAGCCCUCUUUCAAUCAAAUUUGGGAUCAAUU